GAUCCGGCUAGAGGGGAGGCUCCGACGUCUCCUUCCUUCCUGGUUCCUGCAGCAGCUGCUGCCACUGCUCAGCGCGGUGAGGAGGGAGCCGGUGACUCGGAGACGGUGACUCAGAGGCAGAACGGCGCGAGGGCCAAGGAGUACUGGCGUCCAUGGACCCUGGGGUAAGGGGGCUGCGUGGCAGCAGCUGACAUUCCUGAGAAGAACUUCCUCCCACCUGAAGCUGGUGGGUCUGCUCCUGAAUGGAGGUGGAGAGGGGGCACCCACCUGGCUCACCUAGACCCUUCACCUGCCUACCGAUAGAGCCUCCCCCUCUACCCACAAGCAGUGAGGGGCCAGGAUCCCCACAGGGCCGGGAGAAGGGCCCAGAGAUACCUGAACACCGGAAGAGUCUGAGAACUUUCAAUGGCUGAAUGCAGGAGUUUCCUCCCAGGUCAGCCUCUUGUAGCAAGGGUCCCUCUGCCCCAACCUCCUGGGCACCCGUUCCUACCACAUCCCUGUCCCCUCCGGGCCUCAGUUCCUCAGGUGCUUGCUAGCUCCAUUAGAAGAUCUGGGCUGCUUCCCCCACCUCAAACCAGCCUCGCCCCUCCAGUCCCCUCCCCCGUCUCACACAUGCAGAGCCUCAUGCAUUAUUGAUCUCCCGGUGGAGCCAGGAUGGCCAGGGCCAGUGCCAAGGGUGCCUGUGGGCACUGCUGCAGGACCUGUGCAGACCUGGGCAUGUCCUGGGCCCCCUCUUCUCUCAUGAAGUAUCUCCGUUAGCCCAAUGUCCUGCCCUCUCUGGGUGGGUGGCACUUCUCAGAGCCCCAAGGACUGCGAGGGUAGACAGGGGAUGGUGAGGGUUUAGGGGGCACUGAGGGUCCAAAGAGGGCAUCCUAGGGGCAUGUUUGGUGGGAGGAGACAUGGGAAAAUGGGGGCUAUCUCAGGCCUCAGUUUCUCCAAGCACUAGAUAAUACGGAGAUUAAUUGGUGGGAGGCUGGGGAGUUUUCUGCAAGAUCAUGGCAGAGAAGUCUCUGAGCUAUGGUGGCAGGGUGGAGGGGUCCUGAAGGCAGAGGCAGCUGGAUUGAGGAGGUCUCACUUGUCCAGUCUCUGAACCCCUCUGUCUCUUCUUGGAGCCUCUUCUGUCACUCCCUUGCUUCACCUCUGAGCACUCCCAGUGAAGCCUCUAAAGAAAGCACUGAAUGUUUCUUGGAGCCCCAGAGUAUGUGCGCAAGGACCCCGUCAGGAGCAGGUGACAUCCUUCCCCUUCCACCCUGCUCCCUGCUCUACAUACCCAGCAGGGAGUGGCCUCUCCCUUCUCCAUGGACUUCCAAGAGAGGGACCCGCCCUUCCUGCCUGAGAGCGCUCAGUCCUCAAAGCCCAGCAGUGCUCAGCAGGCCUCUGAGCUGUGGGAGGUGGUGGAGGAGCCUCGGGGCAGGCUGGGGACAGAGGGUGUCAUGCCUGAGAGGCAGGAAGGUCACCUGCUCAAGAAGAGGAAGUGGCCUCUGAAGGGCUGGCACAAGAGAUACUUUGUGCUCGAGGACGGGAUCCUUCAUUAUGCAACAACCCGGCAAGACAUCACCAAGGGGAAGCUCCAUGGCUCCAUCGAUGUCCGGCUGUCAGUCAUGUCCAUCAACAAAAAGGCCCAGCGCAUUGACCUUGACACUGAAGACAACAUCUACCACCUCAAGAUCAAAUCCCAGGACCUAUUCCAGAGCUGGGUGGCGCAGCUGCGUGCCCACCGCCUAGCCCACCGCCUGGACAUGCCCCGUGGCUCACUGCCCAGUACUGCUCACCGGAAGGUUCCUGGUGCUCAGCUUCCAACAGCAGCUACUGCCUCAGCCCUACCUGGGCUUGGACCGCGGGAGAAAGUGUCUUCCUGGCUGAGGGACAGUGAUGGGCUGGACCGCUGCUCUCAUGAGCUCUCUGAGUGUCAGGGGAAGCUCCAGGAACUACACAGGCUCCUCCAGAGCCUGGAGUCCCUGCACCGAAUCCCCUCAGCCCCUGUUAUCCCCACACACCAGGCCUCAGUGACAACCGAAAGACCCAAGAAGGGGAAACGGACCAGCCGCAUGUGGUGCACCCAGAGCUUUGCCAAGGAUGACACCAUUGGACGGGUUGGUCGUCUCCAUGGCUCUGUUCCCAACCUGUCUCGCUACCUGGAGUCUCGGGACUCCUCGGGCACCCGUGGGCUGCCACCCACAGACUAUGCCCACCUGCAGCGCAGCUUCUGGGCCCUGGCCCAGAAGGUGCACAGCUCCCUCAGCAGCGUCCUGGCCGCCCUCACCAUGGAACGGGACCGACUGAGGGACAUGCACCAGGGCUCAGAGUUGUCAAGGAUGGGGGUCUCUGAGGCCUCCACUGGCCAGAGGCGCCUCCACUCACUGUCCACCUCCUCCGACACCACGGCGGACUCUUUCAGCUCCCUCAACCCUGAGGAGCAAGAAGCUCUGUACAUGAAGGGGCGUGAGCUCACACCCCAGCUAUCGCAGACCAGCAUCCUGUCCCUUGCUGAUUCCCACACGGAGUUCUUCGAUGCCUGCGAGGUUCUCCUCUCCGCCAGCUCUUCUGAGAAUGAGGGCUCAGAGGAGGAGGAGUCAUGUACCAGUGAAAUCACCACCAGCCUGUCUGAGGAGAUGCUGGACCUCAGGGGAGCUGAGCGCUGUCAGAAAGGGGGGUGUGUUCCAGGGAGACCCAUGGGGCCACCCCGCCGUCGCUGCCUGCCGGCGGCCAGCGGGCCUGGGGCUGACGUGAGCCUGUGGAACAUUCUGCGCAACAACAUCGGCAAAGACCUGUCCAAGGUGUCAAUGCCUGUGCAGCUCAACGAGCCGCUCAACACUCUGCAGCGGCUCUGCGAGGAGCUGGAGUACAGCAGCCUCCUGGACCAGGCCAGCCGCAUCGCUGACCCCUGCGAGCGCAUGGUGUACAUCGCAGCCUUUGCUGUCUCGGCCUACUCCUCCACAUACCACCGAGCCGGCUGCAAGCCCUUCAACCCUGUCCUGGGGGAGACCUACGAGUGUGAGCGGCCUGACCGAGGCUUCCGCUUCAUCAGUGAGCAGGUCUCCCACCACCCCCCUAUCUCGGCCUGCCAUGCAGAGUCUGAGAACUUCGCCUUCUGGCAAGAUAUGAAGUGGAAGAACAAGUUCUGGGGCAAAUCUCUGGAGAUUGUGCCUGUGGGAACAGUCAACGUCAGCCUGCCCAGGUUUGGGGACCACUUUGAGUGGAACAAGGUGACAUCCUGCAUUCACAAUGUCCUGAGCGGUCAGCGCUGGAUCGAGCACUAUGGGGAGGUGCUCAUCCGAAACACACAGGACAGCUCCUGCCACUGCAAGAUCACCUUCUGCAAGGCCAAGUACUGGAGUUCCAAUGUCCACGAGGUGCAGGGCGCUGUGCUCAGUCGGAGUGGCCGUGUCCUCCACCGACUCUUUGGGAAGUGGCACGAGGGGCUGUACCGGGGACCCACGUCAGGUGGCCAGUGCAUCUGGAAACCCAACUCAAUGCCCCCCGACCAUGAGCGAAACUUCGGCUUCACCCAGUUUGCCUUGGAGCUGAAUGAGCUGACAGCAGAGCUGAAACGGUCGCUGCCUUCCACCGACACGAGACUCCGGCCAGACCAGAGGUACCUGGAGGAGGGGAACAUACAGGCCGCUGAGGCCCAGAAGAGAAGGAUCGAGCAGCUGCAGCGAGACAGGCGCAAAGUCAUGGAGGAAAACAACAUCGUACACCAGGCUCGCUUCUUCAGGCGGCAGACAGAUAGCAGCGGGAAAGAGUGGUGGGUGACCAACAAUACCUACUGGAGGCUGCGGGCCGAGCCAGGCUACGGGAACAUGGAUGGGGCUGUGCUCUGGUAGCCCUGGCCCCGGGGGCAGGAGGCUCCGGUUCCUCACUCCUCCUGCCUCCACCCCCUACCACGGACACAUGGGUGAGGCCAGGCUCCCCGCCUCACUGCCCUUGAGACCAAAGGGGCAGCCCUGGCCCUCCCUCCCCUCUGCUGGCCAGAGGGUCUGCAUCUCAGCCCACCCCCAACCCCACCGUUUGGGGUGAGAAGCAGAAUCUGUGCUUGCCCAGUCUCCUUGCCCCAGACAACCAGCAUGUAAGACCCUUCCCGCUUCACCAUUCCGAUUCCUGUCCCCUUUGGGGUACUUGGGGGAGACUCUGGCUCCCAGGAUCUGUUCCCCAUUUCAGUGCCUUCCUAGGACACAGGGGACCCCUUGACGCUCCCCAGGCUUUCUGUGCCCAGGGCUCUGUCCCCAGCGGUGAGGUUGCAGUGAGUGAAGGAGAGGAGGUGAUCUGUUCUCCCCCCCUUCUCCUGCCCAUCUCCAGCAUCUUCUUCCCCUUCCCUGGCCCUGCAGGGCCUUCUCCAGCUCCCUUUGGUUGGUCCCUGGCCAUCCCUCCUGUCCUGGAUCCCUUCUCCCUAACUGCAAAAUGCCUGCAGCUUCCAGCUCCUUCGUCCCUGAUCCUCAGGCGGUUCCCUCCCGUCUCAGCUCAGCGGAUCCCCCAGAGUGGAGGAGGCCUCUCCAAGAGGAGGGGAGCAGCCCAAGGCACCUGGCCUCCGACCCACCGGCAGCGAGUGCGCAGGUGUGAGUGUAAGUUCAUGUAGGAGAGUGUAUGUGUGUGCGCCUGUGCCCUGCUUGCAGGCAAGCAGGGCUCCCUCAUGUAGCCCGGCCUUCCCCCUGCUGGGGGUCCACCACAUCGCUGCUCUUUCUCACAGUCUGCCUCUGAUGAGGGCGAAUUGCUAUGACAUUCCAAGCUCCAAUAAAGACUGUCCCAGA